GCUGGCUGUUCAUGGACAUGGACCUUUGUCUACUAUCACUCCUGUUGUUCUGUGUCUGCAGACAAGGACUAACUGUAAAGCACUGCAAUUAAUCAUCAACAUCAAUCGUGACUGCUUUUCCUGAAUGAUGUGCAACAUUCUCAUAUCACUGUUUUCCCCUUCAAGCAGAAUGGAGAGGUGUCAAAUGAUGCUCCAAUCCCACUGGUCCCUCUCAUCCCAUUGAUGCCCAGCCACCCUAAAGAGGUCUGUUGCCAAAGCAGAAUACACAGAUCUCAUACCCUCCACGUGCCUUCUUACUCUACGUUCUCUUAACCCAACACAAUCCUCUCUUCCAGGAAUCAGGUACUUCUGCCCCCAGUACACAGGAGCCUCCAAACACAAGUCCCACCACCCCUCCUCCCUUUGUGACGACUAGUGCCCCGGACGGGGGCUCGUCUGAGGAGGAUAAUCAGCAGCAGGAUGGGGGUUGUAGGGCCCAGGCCCGCAGGCCAAAAUCCAGGCAGGCCUUAGCUGGUGCCAUCCAGAGACUGGGCAUGAAGCUGUUGGGCCAGAUGAAGACAGGACCUGAGCAGCCCAAUGUCAUAAUAUCCCCCCUCAGCAUAUCCCUGGCACUCUCCCAGCUGGCUCUGGGUAUGACAUGUUCUGUUUUUGCUGUUUUUUUAGGAGUGAUUAAAAAGUUUUAGAAAUGUAGGUAUUGUGCAUCUCUGCUCUUUCAGGAUCAUCUGUACUUGGCAUGGUUUACACUACCAGCAUCAUAACCUCUUAGACUAUGUCCCAAAUGGCACCCUAUUCCCUAUAUAGUGCACUACUUUUGACAAUAGGAAAUUUAGACUCAACCCCAAUGAAUAGGUACUUGUUUGCUGUAAAUGUUGAGAGCUCAAAUCAAAUUGUAUUCGUCAUGUGUACAGUUUACAGCAGGAAUAAAAGGUGCAGCUAAAUGCUUGUGUGCUAGCUCACUCAACAUUGCAGUACAAUAAUCAAUAACACUGUCAAUAAGCUGCAGCAUGUUGCAUCAUCAUGUCUGUGUAUGUAUCUCAGGAGCCAUGAAUGAGACAGAGGAGCUGUUGAUGCACCAUCUCCAUGGUGACACUCUGCCCUGCUACCACAUGUCUCUACACAACUUCCUGGAACGCCUCCGCAAGAGCAACCUGCAAGUGGCCACACGCCUCUACCUGCAACCAGGUCAGUGUUCGCUGCUUCAGGGUUGGGGUCAAUUCCAUUUCAAUUCCAGUCAAUUCAGGAAGUACACUGAAAUUGCAGUUCUCUUCAAUGCUUUUCAUAGAGGAAAAUGUGGAAUUAGAAUUUUGUUUAUUUCUUCAUUACUGCAGUGGGCUAAAUCAGGGCUACACAGAGUGGUUCUUGGUAGUCUUAAACAAAUCUACUUUGAAACAAAAGUAUACACCUCACACACAUGGUUAUGGGCUUAAAAAAGAAGAGGACACCUGUAUCAUGUCAGAUAUAGAUUUGAAAUGUAUUCCAUUUUGAGUUUGCAUCCCAAUAUUACACUUCAUAUAAAUCACAGAAGACUGAACUAUAACAAAAUAAUUUCCCAUGGAAACACCGGAUUUUCAACAUUUUCGACAAAAUAAUAAUGUGCAUUAAUUAUGAAAAAUAUGAAUAACAUUCCACCCAUGAGUCCACUAGAGGGCGAUUUGGUCAUUUGACUACAGUUAAGGGGAUUGAAAUGGAAUUGCCCCGAACACUUCACUGCUUACUUGAGUAAGAGGGUUAGGAAGUUGAUGGAACAUAAAGGAAACGGACCUGGAAAUGGAAGGAAGAUAAUGACAAUAGACACAUUGAGUGUACAGAAGUUCAAACAAGUGACAUUGAAUGAAACAAUACUCUAAAUGGCCAGAUUAAGAAAGUACUAAUGUGUUACUGACUUUGACUUCAUGAUAAGACUCUCACUCCUUCGUGUCCCCUCCUGCUUGACCAUUUAUGUUUACCAUCCAUCACUCUCUACAUGUAGUAUAUAUACUGUAUGUUAUAUUAUAUUUCAGAUAUGACUCCCAAAUGGUAUUUGCCUCCUUUUUUAUGACAUUAUCUUCCUUUUAUCCUUUCUCUCCUUGAAUUUCUCUAUUCACCCUCCUAUUUUCCUGAGUCACAAAAUUGUUGCACACUAUAUUACCUCACUUCUAUCUCACCCUUGUCCUCGGCUUCCUGUGCAGGUGGCUCACUUCCCCUUCACAAUCAGAUGAGCCUGCUGAUAGUGAUGCCCAUGAAUGGCCAGGUGAACGUGUCAGCCCUCGCAGCAAAGCUCAACAUCUCUCACCUGUACAACCGCCUGCCCAGAGAGAGAUCCAUGCAGGUCAAACUGCCCAAAUUCAAACUGGACUACAGCCAGGACCUGCAGGAGGCUCUGACCAACAUUGGUAUGUAGGAGAGGAUCCAUAAGCAGGCUAGAUUAAUAUGUGAAGUAGGUGUACAAGUGAAAACGUGCAUAGAUAAUAAGGCUUGAAGCACAUGGGAAGGAGAGAUAAAGAUUUAAAAAAACAAUUGUCCAUGUUAUUUUUCAACACAAAUUAAAAUUACUGGCAGAAGCAGUAAGUCUUUUGAAAACUUUAGAACUGCCCCUCUUCCUCUUAUACCUAAGUGUGUGAUUUGUUCUAUUCUCAGGUAUGGGGGAGUUGUUUGCUCGUCCCAACCUGGCAGCCAUAGCCGAGGGCCCUCUGCUGGUGUCCAGUGUACAGCACAAGUCCAGUAUGGAGAUCUCUGAGGAGGGAGCAGAGGCUGCUGCAGCUACCAGCCUGGUCAUCUUACGGUCCAACCCCUUUUUUAGUCUCAACCAGCCCUUCUUCUUUGCCCUCAUGGACGAUAAGACACAAGCACCAGUCUUCCUGGGUGUCAUCACCAACCCUAACCCUGGAGCUCCUGCUAUGCAGAGUAGUGGAGGGUCUGCCAACCUAGAUAAAGUACACUUCCCCAUUGAUGACAAGAAUGACAAACAUUAUAGUCACUCUUUUGGUGGGCCACCCAAG